AUGGGCGAGUCGGCCAAUGUCGGCGCGUCAUCGUUGUACGCAGGCAUCUUUGCACAUGGGCGAGAGGAGAACGGUGGUGAAGACACACUACCUGCAGAGCGCGCUACUGCGCCGCUGGAAAAUACCGCAAGCGCUGAGCCAUGCCCGGCAUUGCCGUUUGCGCCGCGGAAGAAACAGCCGCGGCGUGCUCCCACACAGCGUGCAGUACACGCCCCACCAGAUGCAAAAGCGUCGGAAGUUAGUGCAUGCACGGCGCUUGACGUGCACAUGCACAGCACACGCAGCACGGCUCGCCAAGCUUCCCUCGUGCCGUCCAUGCACCUCGGAGAAGAAGAUGUACGCCGCGAUAAGGCAUUGGCGGUACGUGCAGCACAGGAACGUGGAAAGGCGCUUGCAGAGGACCACGGCGUAGAAAAGGUUUCUUGUAUACAUGCAGCAAGCAGGGCCACAAUAGACGCAGACUAUGAUCCUGCAGCGCCGAACGAAUAUGCUGCUUUUAAGGCACUGCUUAUGGGCCGCCGCCAGCGACGGAUUGCAUUAGCGCGGGGCGUGCUCCCAUAUAUCGAGGCAGAAGAGAGCGACGAAGAUACAAAUGCAAACCGCAAGCGUCAAUUUGCACCGCCUUCGUUUUAUCGAGGCGUGCUUCCACACACGGACGAUGCGCAGAACGACGAGAAUGCUGGUGAAAAAGGAACCGUGCCAGAAGAUGGUGCUGUGCGGGAGUUGCUAAGGCCGCGAGUGCCUCCGCCUGGACCUCCGCCCACUCCGCCAAGCAUGCUGCAACAGAAACCACCAAACGUCCCAUGCAAUCCACACCCGCCUACCUCGCUCACGACAUCCAGACCUACAGACCCUGCGCUGGUAUACUCCACCCCUAGCUUUGCCGAGCGGCUUAUGGCUCGGUACGGCUACAAGCACGGCGAAGGGCUGGGUGCCGAUGGAAACAAAGGCAUCACUGCUCCUCUCUUUGCAAAGUCCACGCGCAGCGCGUUUCGCCGCGGCACAAUCAUCAAUACCAACACAGAUUCGGCGCAAGAGGACGCGUGCAUGUACGGCAAUUUGAGCGAGGCUGUGCUACUUGAAAAUAUCCCCGACGCAGACGACCUUUGCGAGGUAUUCAGUACGUAUACUGCGUUGCUCACGCCAGCUGAAAAGGGCAACGAGCACGGCUACGUCCGUCGUGUAUUCCUGCUUCCCGAUACCCACAAUGUACGCGUAGUGAUUCGAUUCACCGGCAUGGCCGGCGCGUACAGAGCAGUGCGUGCGCUCGAUGGUCGGUACUAUGCUGGCGAGUACGGCGUAGAAGCUGGGAUGUAG